GGCGCGGCGGGGUGGAAGCGGCUUUUCUGUGCGUCGCGGUGGCAACGCGCGGGGCGGUUUCCGGAGGCGGUGGCCGAGGUGGGCGGGGCUAGACCGGAGGUGCAGGUGGGAGACAGCCACCUGGGAUCUUCACUCGGCCAACAGAUCCGCAGGAGCAGGGCCCGGUCUCAGAGUUCAGGGUGAAGGUCCUUGGGAAACUUCAGCGCCUGCAAGACUCUUUCACAGCUGGGGCUGGAAGCAACGGAACGAAAGGCGGACGGUCCUCUGUUGCUGGGGCGGACCUGGGCUCAAUUUGUCCGUUCUUGCAAGAUUCCCCCAGGGCUGGGAACUAGACGUGUAGCCCUCUCAGGUUCUCCGGCACCAUAGUGGUCGUCACUGGCCCAAGUUAGAGGCCGACUGAGAAAUCUUCGUGCCUCAGACUUGUUGAACUACAGAAUGCUUCAAUACCCAUAUUUUUGUAGAAUAUUUAGAGAAUAUUUUCCAUGCUGGUUGAAAUCUGGCAUACAUAAUUUAGGUGUUUGGCCAAAAAAAAUUCAUACUACAGCAGAAAGAUAUAAUGAAAAUGAAACCCAGGAGCAAACAGAUCUAACUGGAGAUCAGGAGUUACAGAGAUCUGAAGAUAUAGAUUCUGAAGCCAUGGCCAAAUUACAUAUUCCAGUAAUGGUGGAUGAAGUUGUUCAUUGCUUGGCACCAGAAAAAGGGCAGGUUUUUUUAGAUAUGACAUUUGGUUCAGGAGGCCACACAAGAGCCAUUCUGCAGAAGGAAUCAGAUAUUACUCUGUAUGCCUUAGACAGAGACCCAACAGCUUAUGCCAUAGCUGAACAGCUUUCAGAAUUAUAUCCUAAGCAGAUCCGAGCUAUGCUAGGCCAGUUCAGCCAGGCAGAAGACUUAUUAAUGAAAGCCGGAGUGCAGCCAGGGACUUUGAAUGGAGUUCUUUUGGAUCUUGGGUGUUCCUCCAUGCAACUUGAUGCUCCUGAAAGAGGUUUUUCCCUUCGGAAGGAUGGCCCCUUGGACAUGAGGAUGGAUGGUGGCAGGUGA